AUGGGCCCCUGUACCGCCUCCUCAUGCUGCUGCCAGGCCCGUAAUCUGCCAUGGGCCCCCGUACCGACUCCUCAUGCUGCUGCCAGGCCCGUAAUCUGUCAUGGGCCCCUGUACCGCCUCCUCAUGCUGCUGCCAGGUCCACAGUGUGUCAUGGGUCCCUGUACCGCCUCCUCAUGCGUGCUGCUGCCAGGCCCGUAAUCUGCCAUGGGCCCCCGUACCGACUCCUCAUGCUGCUCCCAGGCCCGUAAUCUGUCAUGGGCCCCUGUACCGCCUCCUCAUGCUGCUGCCAGGUCCAGAGUGUCUCAUGGGUCCCUGUACGGCCUCCCAUUGCUGCUGCCAGGCCCGUAAUCUGCCAUGGGCCCCCGUACCGACUCCUCAUGCUGCA